AUGACAGUGCUUUAUGAUAAUUCUCUUUCUACAAAACCAUUACCAAAAAGUCAAACAUUAAUAUUUGAUUCUCAUAUAACAACACCAUCAAAAUUAAAUAUUAGAUUAAAAACACAUUCACUUUCAUCUUUAAAUAUUCCAUUGGAAACCUGUGUUAAUUUUAAACAAAUGUCAUCAUUACAAACUAAACAACAAAAAAUUCUAGCUGGUAGUGUUGAUUCUAUUUCUGAAACACAACAUUCAAAUGAUGAUAUAUGGAAUCAUUUUUCAUCAUCAUCAUCAUCAACAUCUUUAAUAAAUAUUUCUUCAUCAAAUAAACAAUUACCAAUAGUUCAACAAGAAUGGCGACAAAUUCUUAAAGAACGUUUUCAUAUAUCAAAUUCAUUUAUUACAUCUACAUCUUUUAAUGAUUCAAUUGUUCGACUUCGACGUAAUCAUCAUUUUAAAAAUAUACAUCAAUCAUCAUUACAAGCUAUUGAUAAAAUACCUAUACGAAAACGUCGUUUUUCUUUCAAUUAUCAUGAAUCUAUUCCAAAAUUUACUUUUCGUGAUUUACCAUCGUCAAAUUCAAGACCAACAUCGUCAAUCAAUCAAUUUGAACAGUCAUCGAAACGUCGAAUGUCUCAAUUUAUUUCAUUACCUGAAAUACGAUCAUUUAAUGAAAAAAAUUCUUUCGAUAGUUCAUCUAAAGUCAAACUGUCACAAUUGCCUAGAUCAUCAUGGAAAAAAUCGAAUUCAUGGUCAUGGAAAUCAAAUAUAAAAAAUAAAGAAAUUCAACGUCAAAUGAUCGACGAUCAUUUUCAUUCGAAUUUACCUGUUAUUAUUGAAUCACCAUUACAACAACGUUCUAAUAUGUAUCAUUCAAAUCUAUCUUUUUCCAAUGAGAAAACUCAACAACGAUCAAAUAAAAAAAUCAGUCCUUUUCCUCAUUCAAUUUCAAACUAUGAUGUAGCACCAAAUUUAUUUUCAUCUCAAUCAAAAAUUCAUUAUCCAUCAACACCUGUUCUUACUCAUUCAUAUAAUAAAAAUUUUGAGAAAUUUAAUUAUCAACGAAAUCUAUCAUCGAUACCUGUUAUGGAUGAUGCUGAUGAUUGUGAUUCAACUUUAAGUGAUAGUAGUUUUCGUUCAUGUAUCAAUAGUAUGGAUGAAUCUUUUGAAGAUCCUAAUACUGAUUCAUCAUCAGCAUCAGAUAGUUAUUUUCAAGAAUUUUCUUCUAUUUAUGAUUUACCAAGAGGAAUUACCAAUGAAACAAUAAAACAUUCUCGAUUAUCUUUUCGACAUAUUUGUACUCUUCAAUAA